GAAGAAGCACCUCCGUUGUGGUAUUUGUACACAAAAAGUGAGUGCGUGAAAGGUCCCUAUCUCUACCGUGAUUCAGCAGAAAAGGUAUUAGCCACUGACGCCAUAUUAUCUGCUUUGCUACCAGCUUGUUCUGCCUGAAAUGGAAAGAAGACAUUCCAAGAUCCUGCUGUGAUCUGUAAAGCAAAACCUCACAUCUAGCAUUCUCCUGACCAGCUGUAGGAAGACACAAUGAUGAGCACGAGAUGACCUAAAGAUCUGUGGUUAAGGUCAUACUUCAUACUUAGUUUCUGUUUACGACGAGGGACGUUGCAUAUCAUGGCAGAAUUAUACGAUCUAGAACCACCCCUGUCACCGCCCCCAUGUGACAUCAGUGAUGAUGAACUUGUCAGCAUUAGUGUAAGGGACUUAAACCGCCAGUUGAAACUGCGUGGCCUCAACAGAGAAGAUAUAAUCAAAAUGAAACAGCGACGAAGAACACUAAAAAAUCGAGGAUAUGCUGCGAGUUGUCGCAUCAAAAGAAUAGAACAGAAGGAUGAACUGGAGUCGGAAAGAACUACAGAGCAAAUUGAUAUUGAGAAACUAGUGAAUGAAAACUUGAGCAUGAGGUCUGAAAUUGACCGGCUCUACCAGAACUAUGAGGCUUUAAAGAAGUUUGCCAAUUUAAAAAAUAUUCCUCUACCACCAGAUUUAGAAACACUUUGAUGUAGAGUGAAAAGUGAUCAUUUUAAUAUUCCUGGAAAGUAUAUCUUAUUUUAUUUUGCCAUUUUGUUUAGUUUGUGUUGCUUGAAAUAACUAAUGCUUUUCUCAUAAAACAUAGGUGUUACAUACUUGUUUUUCUGAAAAAAAGAAAACGUGACUUCUUGUAAUAAUUACUGUAUUGCCUAAGUAAUGUUUUACUGGUAUCUGCAGGAAUGAUUUUGCUACUUAGCUUUGUGGUGUAAACUUUACAAAAACCUUUUCUUGAGUUAUGUAUUUUCGUACAAAUGUUUCAUCUUAUUAGAUGGAACAAAUUUUAUAAGGGUAAGUUAAGUGUAUUUUUAAGCUCAUAAAUUAUUUAAAAAUAUAUCGAAAUAUAAUUAUGGUUAAUAUUAAAUAGUUUAACUAGAA